GCGGUCAGGCGUUCCGUUCUACCAUUGCUUUUUUCUAAAUUUUACUUGAAUAACAAACUUAGAUUUUGCAACGAAGCGUACAUAAAUCUACAUUUUCCAGAAUAUUAAAUUUGACAUUAGCUAUACAGAUACAUAAACUGGCGUUGAGUCGUAACCGACAUAUUUAGAGCUGAAUCAACCCAAAUUUAGUGCCACGCUUUGUGAUCACCUGCUAGCAAAGAUCUAUUGGUUUUUUCGUCACACGAAAUAAAAUUUGAGUUUUCUAACAAUUUUCGGAUAUCAUUUGUGAUCGAAAGGGCUUGAUGUUCGUGACGGAGCAAACUCACCUACGACGAAAGAUCUAGUGUUUUUAGAGACUGGAUAGUAUCAGGAAGGGGGCAAUAGGAUGAAUAGUUUUGCUUUUAUAGUUGAAGUCCGGCGAUAAAAAAUAAUUCGUAGAUACUUACAUGAAAAUGAUCGCUUAAACCAUUAGCAGCGAGUAUAAUAUUUACAAUACAUCAGUAAAAUGUGGUUACUGAGGAGAAGCCGAUUACUUGGGUUGCGACGUGAUAGAGUUAGAUUGUGUUUUACGUGUUAAUGAAUGGUGAUACCUAAUGCAAAUUAGUUUGUCGAGUUAGUUUCACCUUAAAGAGGCUGUUUUUGUAGUACCUGUGUGCUUAACUCUGGUAAAUAAAUAAAAUUAUUAGUUAAUUCUGUACUUGACGGAGGUCGGCCUAAUGCUGUGAACAAAUGCUAGAGGUUCUAGGUGUCGAUGGGCUAUGUUUUGUGAUAUUAUAAAAACAUGGAUGUUGAUUCACCAGUUAGUUUAAAAAGAUCUAGCAGCGCUCCCAUGAUAAAUGAAUUGAAUACCACAAUGUCGGCAGCAUCCACAACAUCGUCUGCAAGGGAUUCUGGCCCAUUUGGCAGCAUAUUUUCUGCGGGCCAGCCCAGGACACGUCGUUUCAGCGCAAGUUUCAGUCCAGUACAUAACAUGAGUAGCGGCGCCUUACAAGGUCCUCGCUUGACUCCACGUGUCAGCCAGUUACGACAAGAAGAAUGUCUUGACCGUGAGGCAGCCCAUGAGCGUGAAAUACAUUCAGCAAUGCAGAUGUCACAGUCAUGGGAAGAUCUCACACUUGUUCCCGGAUCCCCAUCAUCGUCAACAUCAUCAUCAAUGUGUAAGCAGCAGGAGCAGAAUGAAGCAAAUCGACGUAUGUUGCAACGUUACAUUGAUCAUCCCUUGCAACUGUCACUUCCAAAUACUGGAGGACCACCUGUGUGUUCAUCACCAUCACCAACAAGACAAGGUCUUGGAAGACAAUGCUUUUCACCAGGCUUUUUCAAGAACAGCUUAUCACCAAGCCCAACAAGAAAGGCCUUUGCCACCAGGAGAAGCUUAAGUCCUAAUACUGUUCGAGCUAGUUCACUGGGCUCUGUGAAACGCAAAUGUGAAAUAGAGGAUGAAAAGGUUGAUCCCUAUGUUCCUCCACCAGCCAAAAGGCCCAGUUACUAUGGAACUGAGAGAGCUGGUCUUCUAAUGACUCAGAAUAACAGAAUGGAUGCUUCCUCAAGUCCAUUACCAGGUUCCUUGAGUUCAGUGGGCACUCCAGAAUCAUUAUCUAGUGCUGACUCUCCUGGCUUCUCAUUCCGGCCUGUUGACAGCCCAUCACCAGGACGUCCUGCAGCCUCCAUUAAUGAUGAACCAAUGCAAGAGGAGAGAACACCUGACCCAAGCAAAAGUGACCAGAUCAUGGCUCAAGUUGGGGAAAAGAACCCUAGCUAAUCCAGACUUGCCUUAAACUGCAUUUCUUUUCCCAUUUUCUAGUCUGCACAGCUUCCCAGCACUUCAGUUCGUUGAAACCUUUUUGUCUGUCACUUGAACUGUGCCAGACGAAUAUGCUGAAGACACAAAAACCAGUUCAUUGGGGUUUCGUGUUUCACUAUAGGAAUUAAAAGUUCUGUAGUGCAUUUUUUGACUGAAAGAUUUUUCUAUGUAUCUUGCCAAUGAGAGGGGUAUCUGCUAUACCAGGAAAGCUUCAGAGAUUAUUUUUUGUUGUUUCCUGUGCAAACAGAUUAAAAACUGUAGCUUUCCUGGUAGCAGUUGCUGUAUUAUUUGUAAUAAUCCUCUUCGAAAAGUGGAAAUACCUCAUUUCUCCUAUGUAUUAAAAUAUUUCGUAUGACUUGUGUUUUUAAGUAUCUUUAAAUAUGUAAUUAGUAUUUAUCAUUGUGUAGUUCAGUGUACUCUUUAAUGUAAGUCUUUUUCAGUGACGCUUUUUAUGCUGGCGUUAUAGUCAGUUUUGAUGCAUUGAGUUUAGAUUUAAUGUCUGUCUGUGAAAGUUUGUACACAAACUUUUUUUUAUGUAGCAGUAAAAGAAAAAUUUCUGCACACUAACAACUGCUGAUCCAUUCUUUUUUGCCCCCUUACAAGGACCUGUGUGCAGUUUCAAAGAUGUCAAGAAAACAGUUUCUCAUUGUUUUGAAAACUAGGCAACUGUAUUUAAAAAUAUAUAUUUAUAAAAUUUUUAUGUUAGCUAUUAUGUUUGAUCCAAUAAAAUCGGUAAUACCAAACAUAACUUGGCCACUUGUGAUGCAGCAUACAGCAUUUAAUACAUCACACUCUUCUCAGGCACUUAACUAUUUCUGUUUCAUUUAUUCUUUUAAAGGUAUUAUACUUUGGCUCUUUCCUAUUCUGUACAUCCAUGUUGCUUGAGAUCUGUAUAUUUGCAGUUGUGAACAUGAUGACUUAACCUGAAUCUAGGAAAUUGACUUGUACCCCAUUUAAGUAUGCUGUCUAAAUGUAAAAAGCAAGAUUCUCUCUCUCUCUCUCUCUCUCUCUCUCUCUCUCUCUCUCUCUCUCUCUCUCUCUCUGUAUUUAGUUAAUACUUACUGCAUGUAAGUACUUAUUAAAUACUGCCCAUCAACUGUGUUCAUCCUUCCAUUGGUUUCUGCAGUUCAUAAAUACAGAUAACUCAAGGCUUCCAGUCUCUGUUUAGCAAACUGAAUUUUGUUACACUGUGUGCAAAUAUUUCCAAAAAAAUCCUCAUUGUGUGUGUGAACAUAAUAUUUUAAUCUAUCUAAUAUACAGUUCUCAGAGUUCUUAAUUUUUUGACACAGUUACCAAAGUAGCAAAAGGAAAAUUAUGAAAUUCUUGUUAAAUUAGUCUACUAUGCGACAUUCUGUGGGAUAUCUUGUGGGUUCUGAAUCUGCAAUGUCAUGUGAAUAUCACCAGGUGCAAGAACAUCCAUUUAUUUUUGUGUCUUUUGGAAUUAAAAAAGUUUGUAUAUGAGUGCUGUGUUUGGUUAUAUUGAAACUGAAAUUUUAUUUAUGGGCUGGAAAGGAUUAUGUGCCACUAGUAGGCACCAGUAUUCAUUAAAAAAAUUUAUGUUUGGCUCCAUUAAAUACAUGUAAUUUAUUUUCUGCAAA